GACUUUUUCCAGUUGUUUCAAAGGGCACCGGACUUCGCUUCCUUCAGCAUGCUGCUGAAUGUGUCUUUGUGGCUGCGUUCUGUCUCGCCCCGGUCCCUUUCUCACUAGUUCUUCCUGUGUGUUUCGUCGUCCGUCGGAUAUGGAACCCGCGACAACAGAAGAGGAAUCGAAAUCUGGCCAGACGCAUUUUCUCAUCAGAGCGCCGCAUUUACCUGGCUUCGGGCGAAAUGUAACCUGUGAACGGGAUUGAGCGGGUUGCUUUGAGUGUAUGUACACCCGAGACGUAAAGGCGCAGCUCGCGACAGUCGUUGAAUCCAGUGACUGCCGCCCACAACGUCCAGAUCAUUCUUUUUACCGGACGUUUAUCACCGCGAACUUCUUUGGUUUCACUUUUGCUUUGCAACUGACCAUGAUUUAUGACGAUCUUCCAGACGGCGUUGAGCCACAGCGUCCGGAAGGCUCAUUGGAGGAAGAGCCAGCAGCCAGCGUCUCCGUGCCGCGCCCGCCCCUCACGGCUGAGGAACGUCGAAGAAUUCAGGCGAAAUACCACGAGAAAAUCAAGGAGCGAAAGAUUCGAAUCUACCAAAAUGCCCUCGAGGAAGUGAUUCGCAGAGAAAAAGCCAGUUCCAUGCGCCACGUUGUCUUCAAAAUCCCCAUCCACACGCGGUUCGGCCAGAACGUCUGUCUCGUUGGCAGUGACGCCACUGUAGGGGGCUGGAUCGCCGAGAAGGCUGUCAACAUGAUCUGGACCGAUAACAGUGUCUGGUGUUGCGAACUCAAGUUCCCAAGAGAGACAACACGCAUGGAGUACAAGUACCUCAUCAAAGAGGGCAACUACGUUAUCUGGGAGCCAGGCCAGAACCACGUUGUGGAUCUUCGGCGACUGCAGGAACUGGGGCAACCGAAUCUGUCGAGAGGCGUCGAGAGUGCUCGCGUCAUUCAAGACUCGUGGGGUCGAGGGGAUGCGCAAGACCUGUAGCGAAGCUGCAUGCAGGGCUGCUAAAGAUGAGUUUGCGGUCUUUCUCGUUGGCAUCCAUGACGGCGAGAUCCAAGUCCAAUCGUUGAAUGUUUUUAAAGAGACUCAGAACCCCUGCCGCGUCAGGUCGACUGCAGUGCUGUCCUGAGUGGUGGACGAGGUGAAGGAGUCUGAACACCCAGAGGCGCGCGACGGAAGAAAGAGGAGAGCAAGAAAGGACGACACCAGGAUACGGUCGAGCUGUGAUCCUUGUGCUGUUUGUCUCACAUGUAUACGGACGAUAUAGCGCCUGUUUUGGGCGAGGCUGUACUGGUGGUUCGGAAGUCGUGAGGGCUUUUCUGAGGGCCGCAUUUCUCCAUCGAAGUCUGGAGGAGAGAUGAGAUUCACGAAAAACUGUGCUUCUGAGAGAAGCGGUUUGGGGUGUCGGAGCGACAUGGGCCACUGGCGGUUUUCGUCUUUUUUUUCCACCGAGGAACGCGUCCUCUAACGCAUGCGACGGCGCUUGCACUAGGAUGGCGUUUUCAGAAGUUUAGGAUUUCUUCGGAAGAAGUCCGAAAGCUCUAGAGGUUUCUCAGUCUCUAGAAAGGCGUCGAUGCGUCCAAGCCGUGAUAACGAGCGUCACCUUUGGUGUGCCUCGUGGAGCGGCAGAGAAAAGCCUUCGCCUGUCACCGUAGAGGAUUCUGCUUCACGAGUCACUGUUAUUUCUUUCCUCCCUAGAUUAGGUGUGAAAUAUUUGUCGAAUUCGAUGCUGGCUGGUUGUCCCCGACUUGUAUUGAGACAGAGCUCGUAUGACGCUAAAUCCUAGUACGUGCAUAGGUAAGAAGAGUAACCGAGCGCUCGUCAAGAACACAACAAAUCAGUGGCUUCGGUACGGUGAAGAACCUAUCUUCACGUGGAACUCAGUUAGGGUAUCGCCGGCUGUGCCUUUGUUGACAAAGUUAAAUCUCAAAUGGACAGAGUCAA